GAGUGAAGCUGGACUGAAAGGCCCUGCAGGUCCCCCAGGUCCAAAGGGUGAAGAAGGUUCUCCAGGGCUGGGCAGAGGAGCUCUAGGAUUCCCUGGACCAAAAGGCUCAUCAGGAGACAUGGGUCCCCCUGGUCCUAUUGGACUGCCUGGCUUGCCAGGAACGCCUGGAGCUUCUCUUCCUUCUGAUAUACCUGGGAGACCUGGGGAUGCUGGCCAUCCAGGAACGGAUGGGAGCUCAGGUCUUCCAGGUUCUCCAGGACCACGAGGGCCUCCUGGCCCAGCUUCUGAUCAAGGUGACACAGGCAACCCAGGUUUGCCCGGCGUACUUGGCUUGCGAGGCAUUAAGGGUGAUGUGGGACGCACUGGUCCAGUUGGACUCCCUGGAGCAUCUGGAUUCAAAGGUGUAAGAGGGGAGCCUGGCCUUAUGGGGAUGCCAGGUAAAGAUGGGCCUGCGGGAGAUCCUGGUCACCCUGGGCUGAAAGGUGAAGUGGGCCGUCGAGGUCUCCCUGGCCGACAAGGGGCUCCCGGUAUAACCCCACAGCCAGAAGAACUCACAGCCCCUGCAGGCUUAACCAGGUCUGCCAGGAGUUGA